CAUUUUCGAUACUGGCGGGGUAGGGAGUGAGUGAGACGCUUAUUUUGCUUCGGUUGCUAAAGCAAGGCUUUUAAAGCUUUCUGAUUUUAAACGGUGUAGUGUCAACAUUGACUUGAGCGUAGGGGAGAAUUUAAUACUUGGUAGACGUAGAAUACUGUUUGAUUUCGGGUCAACCACGGAAUAAUGUUUGGUAGCGACUGACCGACAAAGUGAAGCUAUAACAGUUUCUAUAGGAUAAUAUUGUUUUCAAGCUUUUUUCCCUUUUUAUUUUGUUAGAGGAAGCUCGAACUAAAGGAUACUCCAUUGCCAUUUCCCGCUUCGCUGGCUACCGGGUGUUUUGCCGCAUGUAUAGGAAAUGGCAACUGCACUUAGCGGACGAAACCCUGGCGGUCGCGGACCGAACCCACGAAAAGGCCGGAUUUUAGGCAUCUUUGAUGGCAUCCAGGAUGUUGUUGGUCGACCGAAACAAGCUGCCGCCGACCGCCGAACGGUGGAGAAGACAUGGAAACACAUGGACAAAGUGGUGCGGCUAUGCCAGAACCCACGACUGCAGUUAAAGAACAGCCCGCCGUACAUACUGGAUAUCCUGCCGGACACCUAUCAGCACCUGCGGGUAAUACUCUGUAAAUACGAGGAGAACCAGAGACUGACCCAGCUGAGCGAGAACGAGUACUUUAAGAUCUACAUUGACAGCCUGAUGAAAAAAUCGAAAAGGGCGAUUCGCCUCUUUAAGGAGGGCAAGGAAAGGAUGUACGAGGAGCAGUCGCAAGACAGGCGAAACCUCACCAAGCUGUCUCUGAUCUUCAGCCACAUGCUGGCCGAGAUCAAGGCCAUCUUUCCCGGGGGGCAGUUCCAGGGCGACACCUUCCGCAUCACCAAGGCCGACGCCGCCGAGUUCUGGCGAAAGUUUUUUGGCGACAGGACCAUCGUCCCGUGGAAGGUGUUCCGGCAGUGCCUGCACGAGGUGCACCCCAUCAGCUCGGGCCUGGAGGCCAUGGCUCUGAAGUCCACCAUCGACCUCACCUGCAACGACUACAUCUCCGUCUUCGAGUUCGACAUCUUCACCAGGCUCUUUCAGCCCUGGGGCUCCAUCCUAAGGAACUGGAACUUCCUGGCCGUCACUCACCCGGGCUACAUGGCCUUCCUGACCUACGACGAGGUGAAGGCCCGUCUGCAGAAGUACAUCAACAAGCCUGGCAGCUACAUCUUCCGGCUGAGCUGCACGCGGCUGGGCCAGUGGGCCAUCGGCUACGUCACCAACGACGGCAACAUCCUGCAGACCAUCCCCCACAACAAGCCGCUGUUCCAGGCGCUCAUCGACGGCUGCAGAGAAGGCUUCUACCUGUUCCCCGACGGGCGCAGUUACAACCCGGACCUGACCGGCUUGUGUGAGCCCACUCCUCACGACCACAUCAAAGUCACACAGGAGCAGUACGAGCUCUACUGCGAGAUGGGAUCCACCUUCCAGCUCUGCAAGAUCUGCGCCGAGAACGACAAGGACGUGAAGAUCGAGCCGUGCGGCCACCUCAUGUGCACCCACUGCCUGACCGCGUGGCAGGAGUCGGACGGACAGGGCUGCCCGUUCUGCCGCUGCGAGAUCAAGGGCACGGAGCCCAUCAUCGUGGACCCGUUCGACCCGCGCAACGACGGCGCCAAGUGCUUCUUCCUGGAGCACUUCGCCUCGCCCAUGCUGGACCUGGACGACGACGACGACCGCGAGGACUCCCUGGUCAUGAACGGCCUGGCCUCCAUCAGGAAGUGCGCGGACAGGCAGAACUCCCCGGUGAUGUCCCCGAACUCGUCCCCCGUGGCCCAGCGCCGGAAGCCCCUCCCUGAAACGUCCGGCAUCCAGCACCUCAGCCUGCCCCCUGUGCCGCCCCGCCUGGACCUCAUCCAGAAGGCUCGCUCGCCCUCGGCCAGCCCCACGGGGUCUCCCAAGUCCUCCCCCGGGAUGUCCAGGAAGCAGGACAAGCCCCUCCCGGCCCCCCCGCCCCCUCAGAGGGACCUGCCCCCGCCUCCGCCCCCCGAGCGGCCCCCGCCCAUCCCACCAGACGGGCGCGCCACCUGGCUGUCCGUCCCGUCCGCCGGCCUGCCCCGCGACCCCCAGCCGCCCCCGGACGCCCGGUGCCCGAAGGAGAGCGCGCAGGCGGACCCCCGGCCCGGGGGGGACCACUCCCCGAAGCUGGCCCACGCCGCGCCCGCCCACGUCAACGGCCGACUCUCGGCCGACCUGGGACUGGGGCGGGCCCUCCACCGGGCCGACGCGCCGCUGGAGUGCGCCAAGCCUUCCCCCAACGGCCUCCUGCCCAGCGACGAGUACGACGUCCCCCCUCUGCGCCACUCCCCUCCCCCGCCCGCCCUCGCCAGCAGCCACAAGUACACAAACCCCUUCUCCAGCCCCUGUUCCGAAAAAUCCAGGGUGGUGGGCGUUCGCGAGGAAGACGAUUAUCAGAUCCCUUCGUCGCACCCCAUGACUCUGUCACAACCUCCGCUUUGCAUUUCCGUCCGGAUCCCCACCAGGGGCCUAGAGAACGGGCAGUUAGCAAAUGGCUCAUCAGAUCACACCAUGGAGGAGAAGAAGCACAAGCCUUUGGAAUAUGGUGCUCAUUUUGAGUCUGGCUUGUUUGUAUCGGGGGCAUCGCGUCCUGCUUUCUGCCCCUCCCUCAACAGGACGCCCUCAGACUACGACAUUCUGCUGCCCCCUCAAGCAGAGGAUCUCUUCAAUAGUGCACCCCCGUCCCAGCCCCCACCUCCACCCCCAGCGCGGCCCAGCUCUGCCGAAUCGUCCUCAUCGCCCUCCUGUUCCCAGGCCGCCCGACCGUCCUCUGGACACGACCACUUCCUGCUCGCCCCCGAUAACUUUUUCGAUGUGCUGAGCGGGACGGCGCCCCUGCCCCCUGUCCGAAGGCUGACGGGGGACAACAUGAAGCCCCCGGGGAGGGCGUCCCCCUCCCAGGAGUACGACCAGCUGCCCCCCACACCAGGUACCGGACGCUCGUUUCAGGCACCUGCCAGGCCGCCUAAGCCCUUCCCCCGAAAGACCCCUCCGGACAUGCAUCACAGGAAGGCCCACGAGCCGGCCGGUGAGAACGUGGACGCCAAGAUCGCCAAGCUGAUGGGCGAGGGCUACUCUUUCGAGGACGUUAAGAGGGCCCUGAUGAUUGCGCAGAACAAAGUGGACGUGGCCCGGAACAUUCUGCGGGAGUUUGCCCUGGUGGCCCCCAGACUCAACCUGUAGCCCACGGCCAACGGGUUAAAGAGACUUCAGACUGCUGGUGGGCUGGGAAUCUGAGGGAAAGGGCGGGAGAGGGGGGUCCCUCUUACCGUUCGCACCGCCCCCUUCUGCCAACGGCCGCCGGGGUGGUGGCCGCAGUGAAGAAACCCCGGAGAUAAUUCUAUGUCCUUUCCCACAGGAAUGCUGGGAAGCAAUGCACAGCUAUUUCUUUUAGCCAUAACGAAUCAGGGUCGAACUGAAGAGACGCAUUUACUUUUUAGAAACCUGUGAAAAAAUGAAUUGUUGUUUACAGUGGACAGCUGGGGUCGGUGGACCUCACAGCGCUGGCUUCACCCCUGUCCUGCUGCCGCCUUUGUCAAACCGUCCCACACACACACACAUAAGCACACACACGCGCACACACACACACACACACACACGCACACACACGCACACACACGCGCACACACACACACACACACACAUAAGCACAUACACACGCACACGCACACACACACACACACACACACACACACAACUUUGGAUGUGAACGUAUCGCUUUCUUUUCAUCAUAUGGUUCUUUACUGUGUCGCUUUAACGGACCAGACGACGAUUCCUUGGUCAGACUGAAUUAGGUGUACAGAACUGAAAGCGAUUCUCUUGCCUGUGGCCUUCACUACUGAAUCUUUUUCCGCAUCGAGCGUUUUUCCGCAAAGACAGGCGAGGCCUCUGAACAUGACUGCUUCGUCUCCGUUAAAUCAGAACGUUGGUGGCAUCUCGCUUCCCCUUGUGUUUUAUUUUGGUCUCACUUGUUUAUACUUCACGGGACAUUAGCAUUUUUAGCUACCUCCCGCGAAGCUUCGGUCGCUCGGCGUCGGUUCUCCAGAGGUCGUGUCGCUUUUCGGGGAGGAGUUUUGAUAGGUGGCUGUGAUACUACUUCCCUUCAGUGACCUUGCCGGUUCAUUGGACCUCGCAGAUGGUGUUUGAGCCCUAAGGCUGCUGGGCUGUUUCCCGUCUCUGAGUUGCCAGGUCUGGUAGUGGUUCGGGCAGUUUUCUUGACGCAUAUGCUGUCUCUGUUACAAGUGCUUUUCUUCUGCCCCAGAACAGAAAUGAAUCGAAUGUACAACAAAAAACGGCAGAUCACCCGUGCUCCGUGUGGUUCAGCUGUUCCAGCGCGGAACCCAGCCGUCUGAAUGUAUUAGCCCAAGGUUCCGCUUCCCUGCAACUCGUCUGCGAUUUCCAAGGAAACACCCAGCCCUGCCAUUAUCUCACUCUCCGCAAUCAAAAAAGGACUGAAUGACUGAAAAUAAAUAGUGUCUAUUAUGUGCCAAAAAAAACGAUGACAAAUGCCACAAUAUUCUGUUUUAAUUUUUUUUAAAUGAACAAUCGAACGUGUGUGGAGAGGUUUCGGCUGACUCCCAUGAACACUGACCACAGGACAGAGUUAAAAUGCCAUACUCCUGAGACGAGCUAAGUGCCAUGCCUGGUCACAGGCUGUUUACAGGACACUUGCACCUUGAUUGUGCCCUCUCUACACGUCAGGCUAUUAAACACAUGGAACAAUGCACAUUUUUAAUCUUGUCCUUGAAUUUUUUUCCCCUGGUGAACUUACCGCCAAAAGUGAAAAAUCUGCGUCUAGAAAACUGCUGUUGCCGUCAUGGUCAGAGAUCCCACGGCGUCCUCAGUCGGCCCCAGAAGCGAGGCUGCCGGGGAGUUUUUGCCGUCGCUGUUGCUGAAGCGCGUCUGACAGUUAACGGCCAGGCCUUUUGCUCGUCUGCCGUCAGAGCCGACCGCGUUCAUUACGCGCUUUCGUGUUUUCGGUUCGUCAGUCGCGUUGUCUGCCCCCCCGCCCUCCCAAGUUCAGGUUUUGUAUUAUUAACUUGAAGCUUUGUUUUGCACUGGUUCCUUUCUCUCAUCUUAAACUUGAAAGAGGAAAAUGGAGGGUCCUUCCAUCCAGCCUUCCAGGGGUUCGGUGGCCUUCCGGUGGCAGUGAGGUUUUCUGUUUCUUUUCGUUUUUUUUUUUUCGAGGAAUUUUGUCAAAAAUGCCUUUUGUGAUAUGUAAAAGAUAGUGAUGUGUGCAAUUAAUUUAUACUUUAUUAAAGCAUUCUCUUGA